AAGCCUGAAAACCCUGCAUUGUGGUGGGUAAGCGGUGACGGAGAAGAAGUGAAGUGGAGCUUUGAAGAGCUGGGAGUCCUGUCCAGGCAAGCGGCUAAUGUACUGUCUGGUGCCUGUGGUCUGCAACCGGGAGACAGAGUUAUUUGGAUUCUGCCCAGGAUCCCGGAGUGGUGGCUGCUGAAUGUGGCUUGCAUGCGAACAGGAACUGUCCCGAUUCCUGGCAGGCAGCAGCUGACAGCAAAGGACAUUCUCCAUGGACUACAGAAAUCAAAGGCAAAGUGUGUCAUCACUGAUGGUUCUGUGGCACCAGCUGUGGACUCAGGUGGGCCUGAAUGGCAGUCUCUGAAAGCCAAGCUGCUUGUAUCAGAGGGCCACAGAGAAGGAUGGCUGAACUUCAGAGAGCUCCUGAAGCAUGCUCCUUCUGAUCACCACUGCGUGACCACAAAGCGUCAAGACCCGAUGGCCAUCUAUUUUACCAGUGGAACUACGGGGGCUCCAAAAAGGACUGCACAUUCCCACAGCAGCUAUGGCAUUGGCCUCACAGUAAGUGGAAGGUACUGGCUGGACUUGACUCCUUCAGAUAUAUUUUGGAAUACAUCAGACACGGGCUGGGCAAAGUCAGGUUGGAGCAGCAUUUUUUCCCCAUGGAUUCAAGGGGCCUGUGUCUUUGCACAGAAGAUGCCCCGCUUCGACCCAAGCAUUGUCUUUGAGAGUCUGUCAAGAUUUCCCAUAACAGUCUUCUGUUCUGCUCCAACUGCCUAUCGAAUGUUGGUGCAACGUAGACUGUCCAGCUACAAAUUCAGAAGCCUGCGGCACUGUGUGAGUGCCGGGGAGCCAAUCAACCCUGAAGUGACGGGAGAAUGGGAAGAGCACACUGGGCUGGAUAUUCACGAAGGCUACGGACAGGCAGAAACCGUAUGUUCAGACACUUUGCAGGAUGAUCCAGAGAAAACUGAGGCAACAAUACGCGGGAAGUUUUACGUCACUGGAGACAGGGGGAUUCUGGACGAAGAUGGAUACUUCUGGUUUGUUGGAAGAGCUGAUGAUGUCAUCAAUUCUGCUGGCUAUCGCAUUGGCCCAUUUGAAGUAGAAAGUGCCCUAAUAGAGCAUCCUGCAGUGGUGGAAGCAGCAGUUGUCAGCAGUCCGGACCCCAUCAGAGGCGAGGUAGUGAAAGCCUUUGUUGUUUUAACAUCCAAGUAUGUUUCACAUGAUCCAGAAAAACUGAUGCAUGAGCUACAGGACCAUGUUAGGAAAGUUACUGCUCCAUGCAAGUAUCCUAGGAAGAUGGAGUUUGUUCAACAGUUGCCAAAAACUAUUAGUGGGAAGAUCAGAAGAAAUGAACUGCGCCAGAAGGAGUGGAGAAAAGUUUAGAAUUACUUGCUGCUUUUUUAUAUCUUUUACAAAGUCAGAUAUUGCUGAUUUACCCUGUAAUGUAAAGUAAAAGACAUUAUAUUACGGCCUUCUUAGUUUAGGUUUUCACAAAUUCUGGUCUGACUCCCAGCCCUUUGGCUGUCCCACAUGCUACAGUAACAGCCCAUGGCAAGCAAACAGGCAGAGUGAUACAAAUGAAAUGGGAAACACCGACAAGAGCACCGUAGUUGGUCCAUGUUAGAUAAAUGUAAUAAACAAUUGUAGGCAUUUUGUCUUUAUUGUUGCUUAAUUCAAAUAAAACAGGAAAAGUUUGAGAGCGCUGUUGCUUGGAGAAUCACUUUUCAGAAGUGCAACAAUAAAUACAUUUUUAAAAGUUGCAGCUCAAUACAAGUAUGUUUAGAAAAAUGAGUAUAAAUAAAAUCUGUAUCAUGACAGUGA